AUGUGGAUCUAUUUAAACAAGAAAGUGAGCAUUCCGAAUGGCCUCAAGCUCAAUCAUAUAUCAUGGGAACACUACCACGGGUGGAUUGCUUGUGGAGGAGAAGGAGGAUUACUUAAAGUAUUGAAACUAGAAACGAAAACUGACGCCAAUCAACGAGGAGUCACAGCUCCGACAAGUCUCGAGUUCAAUCAAGGUUUAGGAGGCCAUAUGGGAAAGGAAAGCAAAGAUCAACAACCAAGCUCAGUCAUGCGAGUGAGCUGGAACGAGGAAAAUGAAAAACUUACAUCAUGCGACGCGAAUGGAUUAAUUAUUGUUUGGUAUUUUAAUAAGCAAAAGAAAGAAUGGGAUGAAGAAAUGUUAAACAACCGAGAGAAUGCAAUUGUCAGAGACUUGAAAUGGUCCAGCGAUGGACAGAAGAUUUGUAUUGUUUAUGAUGAUGGAGCUGUAAUUGUGGGAGGUGUUGACGGAAACAGAAAUUGGGGAAAAGCACUCAAAGUUCAAUUGACACAUGUGGAAUGGUCUCCUGAUGCAAGAUAUUUACUCUUCGGUACAUCUAAUGGAGAAGUAUGGCUCUUUGAUUCAAAUUCUGGAAUUAAAUUGCAUUCCAUCAAUAUUACUUGUGUUGAAAAUUCACAAGGCUCUGUUAAUGCUCUAGCUGGUGUUGACUGGUAUGAUGGAAGGGAGGGAUAUCCUGAUUUAAACGCUCCAACAUUGGCAAUUUGCUAUCGAAACGGAAGAUGCCAGCUGAUGAGAGGUGAUUUAGAUGACGAUCCUGUUUUGAUUGACACAGGUAUGACCAUAAGCGAACCCAAAUGGAAUCCUUCAGGAACUGUUUUAGCACUUGCUGGUCAGCAAGAAGCAGAAGGAAAAUCCAUUGGUGUUGUCCAAUUUUACAAUCCAUAUGGUCUUCACUUAAAAACUCUGAAAGUACCAGGAAAUGGAGUGAAAAGUGUGACUUGGGAAGGAUCUGGAUUAAGGCUUGCUCUUGCUGUAGAUGCUCACCUGUUCUUUGCCAAUGUAAGACCAAAUUACAGAUGGGGUUAUUUCUCUAAAACAAUUGUUUAUGCUUUUACCAAGAUUGAAAGACCUGAGCAGUGUGUCGUUUUCUAUAAUUACAAGACUCGACAAAAAUAUGUCAAAUAUAUCAAAAAGUUGUUGGCUCUCGAUGCGUGUGGAGAACAUUGUGUGUUGCUGACCAAAACGGAGGCUCCUAAGGAAGCAUUUGUAAUUAUUAUUUGCAAUUCGAUAGGUAGUCCUGUUGAAACCAAGUUUCAGUCUGUUGAGCCAAAGCACGUUGCCAUGACCAAGCAUCAUGUUGUUGUUUGCUCUGACUGUAAUGUUUAUGUUUGGAAUUAUAGACCAAAACAAGCAAAUCAAGGAAAUAUCUUAAAUUUAAAGGCAGACUCUGAGCAAUACUUGUUACACAUUGACCAGAACAAGUUCAAAAAGAUAGAGGAUGAAACAAAACUAGAAUCAACAACAACGGAUGACGCAAUCUGUUGCAUAUUUGCCAAUGAGAAAUAUCUCAUAAUCUCAAGAGAAUCAGGAACUGUGAAUGUGUAUACGUUGCUUCCAACACUUUCAUUUGUUGGAUCAUGCUCCAUACCCUGCAGACCUCUGAAGAUUGCUGUAAAUUGUGACUGUACAAAAUUGUCUGUUAUUGAUAUUAACAGUACAUUCCAAGUUUACAAUGUAUCAUCACCCCCAAAUACAGUCUCAUCAUUAAAUCAAACAGAAAAGAAAAAGAAGAAAGGCAAUAUCACCGCUGAGAAAUCAGAAUUGGAAAAGAAAGAUGUUUGGGAGAUGAGAUGGUCAGAUGACAAUCCUUCAUUAUUUGCAAUUAUGGAAAAAACCAAGAUGUACACAUUCAGAGAUUUGACUCCUGAAGAACCUGUAAUAACUUCAGCAUAUAUAUGUGCUUUCAAUAAUUUGAAAAUUAAGGCUGUUUUUAUGGAUGAUAUUAUGGCGAAUCCAGAUAUGCCAGAGAGUGACAGUGUUAUUACCUAUGAAACACGUUCAUUAAGAGACACUAAAGAAAUUAUUAGAAGUGUUAGUCUUCGAGAUGCGAACGAAUUUGUCAAGGAUAAUCCUCACCCAAGACUUUGGAGGCUUUUAGCUGAAGCAGCAAUGUCUGACCUUGAGCUGGACAUGGCAUACAAAGCUUAUAUUCAAUGUGGUGAUUACCAUGGUGUUUAUUUUGUUAAACAAAUCAAACAAUUAGAUAAUGAGGCAAAGCAAAAAGCAGAGAUUGAAGCAUAUUUUCAUAGAUUGGAUGAAGCUGAGAAAAUUUAUCGUUCUAUCGACAGAAAGGAUUUAGCCAUUGAUCUCAGAAAACGAUAUGGUGACUGGAAAAAGGUGCUCGCUUUGGUGAGAGAAAUGAAUGGUAGUGAUGAACUUAUGGUGGACGUUUUUAAUCAUUUAGGAGAUUAUUAUUCAGACAGACAGCAAUGGGACAGAUCGAUUCAGUUCUAUCUCAAAUCAAGAAACUUUGAAAAAUUAAUUGAAGCUUAUUAUAGAGUUGAAGAUUUUGAAUCUCUUGAAAGAAUGAUUGAAGAGCUUCCAGAAAACAAUCCUUUGCUUCCUGUCAUUGGUGACAAAUUGGCAUCCAUUGGGUUAUCUUUACAGGCCAUUCAAGCUUUGGUAAAAGGUGGAAAAAUCAAACAAGCUAUUGACGUUUGUGUAGAAUUGAAUCAAUGGGAUGAAGCUGUCACGUUGGCAGAAAAACAUAAUAUGGGUGAAAUUGAGGAUAUUCUCUACAAGUAUGCUAAUCACUUGGUUUCUCGUGGAGAUUUAUCCUCUGCCAUUGAGCUCUAUCAAAAGGCCAAUAGAAAUACAGAAUCAGCGAAGAUUCUAGUCAAGUUAGCUGAAGAAGAAGGAAAGACAAAGUUGUCACCACUUCGAGCUAAAAAGUUUUACGUCUUGUCUGCUCUUGAAAUUGAGAGGUACAGGAAUCGAUUGUUAAAUGAUCAAACUAUGAGAAUGAAUCCGAAUAAGGCCCUCCAAACAAUGCUUUCUCAUGACGCUACCACCAAUUUUGAAAAUCCAUGGAGAGGAGCAGAAGCUUAUCACUUUUUCCUUCUUGCACAAAAACAGUUGACAGAAUUCAAACUAGCUGAUUGCCUUAAUACUGCAAUGAGACUAGUGACAUGCUACGAAGAAUAUUUUGCACCAAAGGAAUUGUAUUCAUUGCUUGCUCUUGCUGGAUUCUAUGCUAAAGAGUUCAAAGUUUGUUCAAAAGCAUUUAUCAAACUAGAAUCCAUGGAAGGAUUAACAGAGGAAGAAAAGGAGAAGUAUGAACAACUUGCCAUAGAUAUUUUCAGAGAUAGUCCUGUGAAUAGUGUUGAUCUGGAAACAAGGCCAUGCCCAACUUGUGGAGCCGAUACCUAUGAUUAUGAAGGUUCAUGCAACUCUUGUAAUGUUCAAUUUUAUGCUUGUGUCGUCACGGGACGAAAUAUUGGAGAUCAAGAUUUUUGGACUUGCCCAACUUGCAAACAUCGGGCUAUUGAGAGUGAGAUUUACAAGUAUCACCAUUGUCCUCUUUGUCACUCAAGCCUCAUGUCUUCUACUUCAGGCGAUUUGUUUUAA